AUGGUGUCAUCGCAGGGAGCUUGCUCUCUCAUUGUUUCUCACCUCUUCCUCUGGGGACCAGGCUCUGCCUAUCACCUGACAUGCUACUUCACCAACUGGGCCCAGUACCGGCCAGGCCUGGGCCGCUUCACGCCCGAUGACAUCGACCCCUGCCUCUGCACUCACCUGAUCUACGCCUUCGCCGGGAUGCGCAACAACGAGAUCACCACCAUCGAAUGGAAUGACGUGACCCUCUACCGGGCUUUCAAUGGCCUGAAGAACAAGCCCAGGCUGAUGGUCACGGCCGCAGUCGCUGGUGGCAUCUCCAACAUCCAGGCUGGCUAUGAGAUCCCCCAGCUGUCCCAGUACCUGGACUACAUCCAUGUCAUGACCUAUGACCUCCAUGGGUCCUGGGAGGGCUACACUGGAGAGAACAGCCCCCUCUACAAAUACCCAACCGACACUGGCAGCAACGCCUACCUCAAUGUGGAUUACGUCAUGAACUACUGGAAGGACAACGGGGCCCCGGCUGAGAAGCUCAUCGUUGGAUUCCCAUCCUAUGGACACACCUUCAUCCUGAGCAACCCCUCCAACCAUGGGAUCGGGGCUCCGAUCACUGGCCCUGGCCCUGCUGGGCCCUACACCAGGCAGUCUGGGUUCUGGGCCUACUAUGAGGUAUGCUCCUAGCAAUCUGAGAGAGACAGAGAAAGGUGGGAGGCUGCCGAGGAUGUCCCCUAUGCUUACAAGGGCAAUGAGUGGCUUGGCUAUGACAACACCAAGAGUUUCAAAAUCAAGGCUGACUGGCUGAAGAAGAACAACUUUGGAGGCGCCAUGGUCUGGGCCAUCGAUCUGGAUGACUUCACGGGCACUUUCUGCAACCAGGGCAAAUUCCCCCUGACCACCACCCUGAAGGACGCCCUGGGUCUGCAGAGUGAAAGUUGCAAAGCCCCAGCCCAGCCCAUUGCUCCCAUCACCGAGGCUCCCAGUACAGGUGGAGGCAGUGGCAGUGGCAGUGGCAGCGGCAGCGGCAGCUCGGGAAGCAGCCCCGGGGGCAGUGGAUUCUGUGCCAACAGGGCCAGUGGCCUGUACCCCGAUCCCACUGACAAAAAUGCCUUCUACAACUGUGUGAACGGACACACCUUCAUUCAGCACUGCCAGUCCGGCCUGGUCUUUGAUGCCUCCUGUUCCUGCUGCAACUGGUGAUGUCUUUGCCAGACACCACGUCCCUCAUUCCAGCUCAGAAAUU